AUGUUGGCCAGCAGCCUGACGGCACAACCAAGUCAGAACCUUCGACAUUCAAGAAACAACAGCUCGAAUUUAUUGGAAACACUACCAAUUUGGUGGCAAAUUCCUCGCAACUUUUCAAUGUAUGCAAGCAGAGUGCUCCACAAGUAUUCUGGUGCCAACAGAACAUCAACAACAAAAACACCAACUGAAACCGCCGCUGCCGACCCCGCUUCUCUCCCGCGCUCACCGCAAAUGAUUACCCUGGUCUCAGCAAUUGGCGAGUGUCUGUCCCAGCUGGACAAGGGCAACUUUGCUGACUCUUUGGGAGUUUUGGACCGUUUUGAACUCGGCAGACUGGAUUCAGGCGACAAUGAUGUAGUCGACGACGAUGAUGAUGAUGACGCGGACAGAAUCAGUGUGGCGAGCAGCAGCUCCAGUGGUGCGGCCAGCUUUUGCGAUGCCAGCAGCUCGCCUGUGUGGUACGACAUUGAAUCUUCUCAGCAAGUGCCACCGCUGCGGCUGCAGAAUCCGCUGCAACACACCACCGAAAGCAUGGUCCAAGGCUUGCGGCAUCUCAUCGAGCGCCAGGAGGCACUGCUUAAUAUGAAGGCCAUGUACGAGGGCCACCUGUCGCUGAUGGCUGUGCACUUGCAGAAGCAGUCGGACAAGUUGGCGGAGCUUGGGUGCCCUAUGCCUGGUGAGACCGAGUCUGGCACCGACGCCCCGGUUGACGUUUUUGUCAAUUCGCCGAUGUUGCCUUACAACGCAUCAGUUAUUGAAAGCCCUCGCGAUCUGGCGCAGCAGGGCGUCGAUCACCAGCAGCCGGCGAACACCCCUCGCUGGUGGUCCACGUUCUUGCCUGCUGGAGGUGCUUCCCCAUCGCCCUCGGAGCACAGCGCAGCCGGCCGGGCAAACUGGUUGCCCCUUGCAAUUGCCCUACCCCACUCGAUCACAAGAAAACCGUGCCACAACCCGCCGAGAUACCUGUGCCAGCGGCUACCGAAGACGACGCAUGCUCGAGUGCAUCCAGGCGUGCGAGCGUGUUGCCAAUGCUGUAAUAACGGCGACUUUAGCCUGCGUGUCCAGUGCAGCCGCUGCCAAACCGAUGAGGAAAGAGCUGCCAACGACCCCGCCUUCCCGCGCCGCAUGGCCUGGCUCGAUCUAGACCGGGACGCGACACCUCCCGACGGCCGGCCCGUUACUCACACGCGGCGCCUGGCCAAGCGCGUCAACUGCAUGAUGUCGCUGCUGUCGUUUGUCACCCACCAGCUCUUUGAAGUUGCAUGCAACGACGGCAUUCGCGGAAAGCUCGGCAUGCAGCUGAUCUCCGAAGGCAUGAGCGGCACCUGGCUCAACCUUAUAAAGGAGGUCAAUAUGAUGUCGAGGAUCCAGACUGCGCAAGUGCGCGACAUCACGCAAGUGUGCAAUGCCGUGGCCAACGGCGAUCUGACGCGGAAGGUCGACAUCAAGGGCAUUCUGGGCGUCAGCGCUAACGUGCCUGGCGUCAACGGUGUGUGGAAGCAGCUUACUGACAACGUCAACAACAUGGCCGACAACAUUACGAACCAGGUGCGCGACAUUUCCAAGGUGUGCAAGUCCGUGGCCAGCGGCAACCUGGCGCAGCUCGUCGAGGUAGAAGCGCAGGGCGAGAUGCUCGAGCUGAAGACCACAAUCAACAGCAUGGUCACGUCAAUUGACGGAAUGGCGGGUGGUGUCCAUGGCAUGCUCGGCGGCCAGGCCAUAGUGCCCAAUGUUGAUGGAGUCUGGAAGGACCUGACCGACAACGUCAACAACAUGGCUAACAACCUCACCAUGCAGGUGCGCGACAUCACUAGCGUUGCCAAGGCAGUAGCUGCAGGCGAUUUGACCAGGAAGGUGAUAUCACCGCUAAAGGGCGAGAUGGCCGAACUCAAGUCUACGAUUAACACGCUAGUCGACCAGCUCAGCAUGUUUGCUGGCGAGAUUACCCGGAUCUCAUACGAGGUCGGCUGGGAGGGCGCCUCGGCACUCAGGCGCAGCAUGAACAAUAUGGCGCACAACAUCACGCACCAGCUGCGCACAAUCAGCGAGGUCACUGCAUCUGUCUCAGAGGGCGAUCUCGGCAAGGUCGUUGACAUCCACUGCCAGGGUGAAAUGGAGUUCCUGAAGAACACGAUCAACGACAUGGUUGGCCGCCUUAAGACCUUUUCGAGCGAGGUGUCGCGUGUUGCAAAGGAGGUGGGAACAGAUGGCGUGCUGGGCGGCCAGGCCGUAGUGCCAGACGUCGAGGGUAUCUGGAAGGACCUGACUGAUAACGUCAACAAGAUGGCGAACAACCUAACGAUCCAGCUCAGCACCUUUGCUGCCGAAGUCUCUCGUGUCGCCAAGGAGGUCGGUACAGACGGUGUGUUGGGCGGCCAGGCCAAGAUGGCUGAUAACUUGACAAUCCAAGUGCGCGACAUUGCCAAUGUCACCAAGGCGAUUUCGGCCGGCGAUCUCACACAGGAAGUUACUUCAGAGCUCAACGGCGAGAUGGGCGAGCUCAAGUCUACUAUCAACACAAUGGUCGACCAGCUUAGUACGUUUGCCGCCGAAGUGUCCCGAGUUGCCAAGGAGGUCGGCACUGAUGGCGUGCUCGGCGGCCAAGCCAAAGUUGAUGGUGUCGACGGCGUGUGGAAGGAUCUGACUGAUAACGUCAACAACAUGGCCAAUAACUUGACGAUCCAGGUGCGAGACAUUGCAGCUGUAACCAAGGCUGUUGCAGCAGGCGAUCUGACACAAAAGGUUACGUCCGAGCUUAAAGGCGAGAUGGAAGAGCUGAAGACAACAAUCAACACUAUGGUCGGUCAGUUGAGCACGUUUGCAGCCGAGGUCUCGCGUGUUGCCAAGGAGGUCGGCACAGACGGCGUGCUGGGCGGCCAGGCCAAGGUCGUGGGUGUGGAUGGCACAUGGAAGGACCUGACGGACAACGUCAACAAAAUGGCCAACAACCUCACGAUCCAAGUGCGCGACAUUGCCAAUGUCACCAAGGCGAUUUCGGCCGGCGAUCUCACACAGGAAGUUACUUCAGAGCUCAACGGCGAGAUGGGCGAGCUCAAGUCUACUAUCAACACAAUGGUCGACCAGCUUAGUACGUUUGCCGCUGAAGUGUCGCGCGUUGCCAAGGAGGUCGGCACAGACGGCAUCCUUGGAGGCCAGGCCAAGGUGCGUGACAUUGCUAAUGUCACCAAGGCAGUUGCUGCGGGCGACCUGACGCAAAAGGUCACUUCCGAGCUCAAUGGCGAGAUGGAGGAGCUCAAGUCCACGAUAAACACCAUGCCUUUUGCUGACGAAGUCUCUCGUAUGGCCCGCGAAGUUGGCACGGAUGGUGUACUGGGCGGCCAGGCCAAGGUCGAGGGCGUCGGCGGCGUUUGGAAGGACUUGACUGACAAUGUCAACAAGAUGGCCGACAACUUGACUCUUCAGGUGCGCGAUAUUGCCAAUGUCACCAAGGCGGUCGCUGCCGCUCAACACUUUGCUGCCGAGGUCUCGCGCGUUGCCAAGGAGGUCGGUACGGACGGUAUCCUUGGAGGUCAGGCUCUGGUCCCAAAUGUAGACGGCGUGUGGAAAGACUUGACCGACAACGUCAACAAGAUGGCCAACAACCUGACAAUCCAAGUGCGUGACAUUGCGAUGGUUACCAAGGCCGUUGCUGCAGGCGAUCUGACGCAACAAGUUACGUCGGAGCUCAACGGUGAGAUGGGCGAGCUAAAAACAACGAUAAACGACAUGGUCGGGCAGUUGAGCAUUUUUGCAGCCGAGGUCUCUCGUAUGGCUCGCGAAGUUGGCACUGACGGCGUGCUGGGCGGCCAAGCCAAGGUCGAGGGUGUGACGAUGGCCGAUAAUUUGACAAUCCAAGUGCGCGACAUUGCGAUGGUGACCAAGGCUGUUGCCGCCGGCGAUUUGACACAAAUGGUCACGUCCGAACUGAACGGCGAGAUGGGUGAGCUCAAGUCCACUAUAAACACGAUGGUCGACCAGCUCAGUCUUUUUGCCGACGAGGUCUCUCGUAUGGCCCGCGAAGUUGACAAUGUCAACAAGAUGGCCGAUAACUUGACCAGCCAGGUUCGAGACAUUGCAGCGGUCACUAAGGCUGUUGCUGCUGGUAAUCUAAAUCAGAAGUUGAGCACGUUUGCUGCCGAAGUCUCUCGUAUGGCCCGCGAAGUUGGUACUGACGGCGUGCUGGGCGGCCAGGCCAAAGUUGAGGGCGUUGACGGCGUGUGGAAGGAUCUGACGGACAAUGUCAACAACAUGGCCAACAACCUGACGCUACAGGUGCGCGACAUCGCUAACGUCACCAAGGCUGUCGCCGCCGGUGAUCUGGCACAAAAGGUCACAUCCGAGCUCAACGGCGAGAUGGGCGAGCUCAAGUCCACUAUCAAUACGAUGGUCGACCAGUUGAGCACGUUUGCUGCCGAGGUUUCGCGCGUUGCCAAGGAGGUCGGCACAGACGGCAUCCUUGGAGGCCAGGCCAAGGUCGAGGGUGUUGACGGCGUGUGGAAGGACCUGACUAAUAACGUCAACAAGAUGGCCAACAACCUAACGCUACAAGUGCGCGACAUUGCCAACGUGACCAAGGCUGUUGCCGCUGGCGAUUUGACACAAAAGGUUACGUCCGAACUCAACGGCGAGAUGGAAGAGCUGAAGACAACAAUCAACACUAUGGUCGACCAGCUUAGUACGUUUGCCGCUGAAGUGUCGCGCGUUGCCAAGGAGGUCGGCACGGAUGGUGUGCUGGGGGGCCAGGCUAAAGUCGUGGGUGUCGAUGGAACGUGGAAGGGCCUAACUGACAACGUCAACAAGAUGGCCAACAACCUGACAAUCCAAGUGCGUGAUAUUGCGAUGGUUACCAAGGCGGUUGCUGCGGGCGAUCUGACGCAAAAGGUUACGUCCGAACUCAACGGCGAAAUGGAAGAGCUGAAGACGACUAUCAAUACUAUGGUCGACCAGCUCAGUACGUUUGCUGCCGAGGUUUCUCGUGUCGCCAAGGAGGUCGGCACGGACGGUGUAUUGGGCGGCCAAGCCAGGGUUGAGGGUGUUGACGGAACUUGGAAGGAUCUGACUGAAAACGUGAACAAGAUGGCCGAUAAUUUGACAAUCCAAGUACGUGACAUUGCCAAUGUCACCAAGGCAGUUGCUGCAGGCGAUCUGGCGCAGAAGGUCACAUCUGAACUCAACGGCGAGAUGGGUGAGCUCAAGUCCACGAUCAACACUAUGGUCGACCAGCUCAACACUUUUGCUGCCGAGGUCUCGCGCGUUGCCAAGGAGGUCGGUACGGACGGUAUUCUUGGAGGUCAGGCUCUGGUUCCAAAUGUAGACGGCGUGUGGAAAGACUUGACCGACAACGUCAACAAGAUGGCCAACAACCUGACAAUCCAAGUGCGUGACAUUGCGAUGGUUACCAAGGCCGUUGCUGCAGGCGAUCUGACGCAACAAGUUACAUCAGAGCUCAACGGCGAAAUGGAGGAGCUCAAGUCCACUAUCAAUACGAUGGUCGACCAGUUGAGCACGUUUGCUGCCGAGGUCUCUCGUAUGGCUCGCGAAGUUGGUACUGAUGGCGUGUUGGGCGGCCAGGCCAAAGUCGUGGGUGUCGACGGUACUUGGAAGGACCUGACCGACAAUGUCAACAAGAUGGCCGAUAAUUUGACAAUCCAAGUGCGCGACAUUGCCAACGUGACCAAGGCUGUCGCCGCGGGUGAUCUGACGCAGAAGGUCACGUCCGAGCUCAACGGCGAGAUGGGCGAGCUCAAGUCCACGAUCAACACGAUGGUUGACCAGUUGAGCACGUUUGCUGCUGAGGUCUCGCGUGUCGCCAAGGAGGUCGGUACAGACGGCAUCCUUGGAGGCCAGGCCAAGGUCGAAGGUGUUGACGGCGUGUGGAAGGACUUAACCAACAAUGUCAACAAGAUGGCCGAUAACUUGACCAGCCAGGUUCGAGACAUUGCAGCGGUCACUAAGGCUGUUGCUGCUGGUAAUCUAAAUCAGAAGGUCACCUCGGAGCUUAACGGCGAGAUGGGUGAACUGAAGUCCACGAUCAACACCAUGGUCGACCAGCUCAGUCUUUUUGCCGACGAAGUUUCGCGUGUUGCCAAGGAGGUUGGUACUGAUGGCGUGCUGGGCGGCCAGGCCAAUGUCGAUGGCGUCCAUGGCGUAUGGAAAGUCCUGACCGACAAUGUCAACAUCAUGGCCGACAACUUGACCAGCCAGGUGCGAUCGAUCAUUAAGGUUACCACUGCUAUUGCCGAGGGCGACCUUAGCAAGAAGGUUGACGUAGACGUGCAAGGCGAGAUGCUUGACCUCAAGACCACAAUUAACGAUAUGGUUGAGAAGUUGCGCGAAAUUGUGUCCGAGGUGUCCAGCGUUGCGCUGCAAGUCGGAACGGACGGGGUCCUCGGCGGCCAGGCUAACCUUAAAAAUAUUGGCGGCACUUGGAAGGACCUGACCGACAACGUCAACAACAUGGCCAACAAUCUGACAAGCCAAGUGCGCGAUAUCGCUAACGUCACCAAGGCAAUUUCUGCGGGUGACUUGAACCAGAAAGUUACUGUGAUUUUGGAUGGCGAGAUGGGCGAGCUGAAACAGACUAUCAACACGAUGGUCGACCAACUGGGCACAUUUGCGUCGGAAGUCUCGAGAGUCGCCAAGGAGGUCGGCACCGAUGGUGUUUUGGGCGGGCAGGCCAACGUGGAGGGCGUCGACGGUAUCUGGAAGAGGCUCACCGACAAUGUCAACACUAUGGCUGACAACUUGACCAGCCAGGUGCGCUCUAUUAGUGAAGUCACCACUGCUGUUGCGCACGGUGACUUGAGCAAGAAGAUUGAAGUGGACGUCAAAGGAGAAAUGGGCGCACUCAAGCAGACAAUCAACACGAUGGUAGACCAGCUGAGCACGUUUGCCCGUGAGAUUAUCCGUGUCGCGCUUGAGGUUGGAAUCAAUGGUGUUUUAGGAGGCCAGGCAUUGGUUCCUAAUGUUGACGGCGUAUGGAAGGCAGUCACGGAGAACGUCAACACCAUGGCUGACAAUCUGACCCAUCAGGUGCGGAUAAUCAGCGACGUGACUAAGGCGGUGGCUGCGGGCGACCUGACGCAGAAGAUCGAAAUCGACGUGCAAGGGGAGAUGCUGGAUUUGAAGUCGACGAUCAACGGAAUGGUCGACCAACUCAACACGUUUGCUGCCGAAGUCUCGCGUGUCGCCAAGGAGGUUGGUACUGACGGAGUGCUAGGUGGUCAGGCCUUUGUCCCCAACGUCGAUGGCACGUGGAAGAUUCUCACUGACAACGUCAACACCAUGGCCAAUAAUUUGACGACGCAGGUGCGCGACAUUGCGACUGUAACCAAAGCCAUCUCGGCUGGCGAUCUGACGCAGAAGGUCACGUCCGAGCUCAACGGCGAUAUGGGCGAACUGAAGCUGACUAUUAACACGAUGGUCGGCCAGCUGAGCACUUUUGCAGCCGAGGUUUCGCGUGUUGCCAAGGAGGUCGGCACGGACGGUGUGCUUGGUGGCCAGGCCCAAGUCGUGGGCGUGAAUGGAACGUGGAAGGAUCUGACCAAUAACGUCAACAACAUGGCCAAUAACUUGACACUCCAGGUGCGCGACAUUGCAAUGGUUACCAAGGCGGUUGCUGCAGGCGAUCUAACGCAGAAGGUUACGUCCGAACUCAACGGCGAAAUGGAAGAGUUGAAGACCACUAUCAAUACUAUGGUCGACCAGCUCAGUACGUUUGCUGCCGAGGUUUCUCGUGUCGCCAAGGAGGUCGGCACGGACGGUGUAUUGGGCGGUCAAGCCAGGGUUGAAGGUGUUGACGGAACUUGGAAGGACCUGACCGAAAACGUGAACAAGAUGGCCGAUAAUCUGACCAUCCAGGUGCGCGACAUUGCAAUGGUGACCAAAGCUGUGGCCGCCGGCGAUCUGGCGCAGAAGGUCACAUCCGAGCUCAACGGCGAGAUGGGCGAGCUCAAGUCCACUAUCAAUACGAUGGUCGAUCAGCUCAGCCUCUUUGCAGCUGAAGUGUCCCGAGUCGCCAAGGAGGUUGGCACAGACGGCGUGCUGGGCGGUCAAGCCAAGGUCGAGGGUGUUGACGGCGUGUGGAAAGACCUGACCGACAAUGUUAAUAACAUGGCCAACAACCUCACGAUCCAGGUGCGCGACAUUGCCAACGUGACCAAGGCGGUUGCUGCGGGAGAUCUGACGCAGAAAGUCACGUCCGAGCUCAAAGGUGAGAUGGAGGAGCUGAAGACAACGAUCAAUACCAUGGUCGGGCAGUUGAGCACGUUUGCUGCCGAGGUUUCGCGCGUUGCCAAGGAGGUCGGCACAGAUGGCGUGUUGGGCGGCCAGGCCAAAGUCGUGGGUGUUGAUGGCACAUGGAAGGACUUGACUGAUAACGUCAACAACAUGGCCAACAACCUCACGAUCCAGGUGCGCGACAUUGCCAACGUCACCAAGGCGGUUGCUGCAGGAGACCUGACGCAAAAGGUCACUUCCGAGCUCAACGGCGAGAUGGGCGGACUCAAGUCCACUAUCAAUACGAUGGUUGACCAGCUUAACACCUUCGCUGCUGAGGUGUCCCGAGUCGCCAAGGAGGUUGGUACUGAGGGCCAGCUUGGUGGCCAGGCCGUCGUUGAUGGUGUUGACGGCGUGUGGAAAGACCUGACAGACAAUGUCAAUAAAAUGGCCGAUAAUUUGACAAUCCAGGUGCGCGACAUUGCCAACGUGACCAAGGCUGUCGCCGCGGGUGAUCUGACGCAGAAGGUCACGUCCGAGCUUAAUGGCGAGAUGGAAGAGUUGAAGACUACGAUAAACACGAUGGUCGACCAGUUGAGCACGUUUGCUGCCGAGGUCUCUCUUGGUACUGACGGCGUGCUGGGCGGCCAGGCCAAAGUUGAGGGCGUUGACGGCGUGUGGAAGGACUUGACUGAUAAUGUCAACAAGAUGGCCGAUAAUUUGACAAUCCAAGUGCGCGACAUCGCCAAUGUCACCAAGGCUGUCGCUGCGGGUGAUCUGACGCAAAAGGUCACCUCGGAGCUUAACGGUGAGAUGGAGGAGCUCAAAUCCACGAUUAACACUAUGGUCGACCAGCUGAGCACUUUUGCAGCUGAAGUGUCCCGUGUCGCCAAGGAGGUCGGCACAGACGGCAUCCUUGGAGGCCAGGCCAAGGUUGAAGGUGUUGACGGCGUGUGGAAGGAUCUGACUGAUAACGUCAACAACAUGGCCAACAACCUGACUAUCCAAGUGCGAGACAUUGCCAAUGUCACCAAGGCCAUCUCGGCCGGCGAUCUGAAACAAAAAGUCACCGCGAUUUUGAGUGGCGAGAUGGGUGAGCUCAAGUCCACGAUCAAUACCAUGGUCGACCAGCUGAGCACUUUUGCAGCCGAGGUUUCGCGUGUUGCCAAGGAGGUCGGCACAGAUGGUGUACUGGGGGGCCAGGCCAAGGUCGUGGGUGUUGACGGCGUGUGGAAGGACUUGACUGAUAACGUCAACAACAUGGCUAACAACUUGACGAUUCAGGUGCGCGACAUUGCCAAUGUCACCAAGGCCGUUGCUGCUGGCGAUCUGACGCAAAUGGUUACAUCCGAUCUCAACGGCGAGAUGGAGGAACUCAAGUCCACCAUCAACACGAUGGUAGGGCAGCUGAGCACGUUUGCUGCCGAGGUGUCUCGUGUUGCCAAGGAGGUUGGUACGGACGGCAUUCUCGGAGGCCAGGCCCUGGUUCCAAAUGUUGAUGGCGUAUGGAAGGACCUCACUGAUAACGUUAACAAGAUGGCCGACAACUUGACAAAGCAAGUGCGCGACAUUGCCAAGGUGACCAAGGCCAUUUCGGCCGGCGAUCUGACGCAGAUGGUAAUGGCACCACUGAGCGGCGAAAUGGGCGAGCUCAAGACAACUAUCAACACUAUGGUUGGGCGUUUGAGCAGGUUUGCGGAGGAGCUCAAAAAGGUUGCCUAUGAUGUCGGUACGAGAGGCAAACUGGGCGGUCAGGCACAUGUUGUGGACAUUGACGGUGUAUGGCGCGACAUGACGAGUAAGGUCAACAACAUGGCGCACAACCUCACAAACCAGGUGCGUGCCUUUGCCGCGAUUACAGCGGCAGCGUCUACCGGCGACUUUUCGUCUUUUAUUACGAUUGAUGCGAUGGGCGAAAUGGACGCGCUCAAGUCCCAGAUCAACCGCAUGGUGAAGAACCUACGCGAGAGCAUUGAGCGUUACGUGAAGGCCCGUGAUAUAGCCGAGCAGGCCAAUCGCGCCAAGAGCGAGUUCCUUGCCAACAUGUCGCACGAGUCGGUGCAGAAGGGCCUGUCUGUCAACUUCCAGUGCGACACGGGCAUACCUGAUAACAUGGUUGGCGACCCGAACCGGAUCCAGCAGGUAUUGACUAACUUGGUUGGCAACUCGGUAAAGUUCACCAGUGACGGUGAGAUAUCGGUCAACUGUUUCGUGCACGAGUGUGUGGCUGAAACCAACGGGGACAACGCGAUUCUGGAGAUUUCGGUGCGUGAUACGGGCAUCGGCAUUGCCAAGGAUAAGCUGUCUGUGAUCUUUGACUCGUUUACGCAGGCUGAUGGCUCGACAACACGCAAAUACGGCGGUACAGGUCUGGGACUGAGCAUCUCCAAACGGUUGUGCCAGCUGCAUGGCGGUGACAUCCGCGUUGAGAGCGUUUACGGUGAGGGCUCCAACUUUAUAUUCACGGUCAAGGUUGGGAUAUUCGAGCCCAAUUUUGCCAACUGCGAGAAGCGCAUACUGCCCUACCGCAACCGCAAUAUGCUGAUCAUCUACGACGCGUGCCAGAAGCCAGUGGAAAGUGAUGAUUACCGUCUGCGUGACAUGCUCAAGGCUUUCCACCUGAGUACAACUGUGGUCGAGAGCACUGAGAGCGCCCGCCACCUGUUCUUGCGCGGCUCACCGGGCCAGCGGCAGUUCGAUACGUUUAUUGUCGACAGCUUGGAUACAGCCGAGGAACUGCGCACGUCGGGGCUAUCUAACCUCAGCGUCAUGCCUAUUGUCUAUCUUGUUGAGCCAGGCGUUUGCAACAUUAAUGUCAACCGCGUCAUCGAGCACAGCAUUACCUCCUAUCUCGACAUGCCGCUCGACUUUGGCAAGCUGGCCAGCGCCAUCGUGCCAGCGCUCACAUUGCACUCGUAUGUUCCGGAUCUCAAGAAGCACCGCAAGCGCCCACUGCAUAUCCUUUGGCGGAGGAUAAGUCGUAAACCAGAAGCUGGCGCUACGGCUACUUCGCAAGUGCAACCACAAGAUUGA